CUCAGAAAAAACAAUAAUAUAAAUUUAUCUUCUUCCUCUGCAGCUCUUCACCAAUUCUGAAUAUUCAUCCAUAAAAAUGGAUCAAAUUGAAGUACCUCAAUUUUUCAUCUGUCCCAUAUCUCUGCAAAUUAUGAAAGAUCCUGUAACAACUAUAACAGGAAUUUCAUAUGAUCGUGAAAGCAUUGAGCAAUGGUUGAAGACAGGCAAGGAAACAACAUGCCCUGUAACGAAGCAGCCUUUGCUAGGAGACUCUGGAUUGACUUCAAAUCACACCUUACGCCGCCUGAUCCAAGCAUGGUGCACACAAAAUGCAGCAAACGGUGUUGAAAGAAUUACUACGCCAAAAUCUCCUCCAAGCAAGGGUUAUCUUCUUCAACUUGUUCGUGAUCUUCAAGUUGUUCAUUUGUGUUUAAGUACUUUGAAGAAAAUGGAAGCCUUAGCAACAGAGAGUGAAAGGAACCGGAAAAGCAUGGAAAUUCCAGCUGUGGUUAAAGGUUUGGUUUGUUUGAUUUUAAGAUGUUACAAUGAUCGGAAAACAGCUGGUCUUGAAGAAGCUUUGAAGAUUCUUUGUCUUGUUUGGAUUCCAUCAAAUGAAAACAGGGUUAUUGUGAGUAAAAACAACGAAUUCAUCGACUCGUUAACAUGGGUCUUGCAAUUGGAGAGUGAUAAUCAUGCUGCUUUGAAGACAAAUGCAAUGUUAGUCUUGAAAAUAGUUUUAGAAGUUGCAACUACAACCCUCUCGGAGAAUUUAAACCUUGAGUUCUUUCAGAAAAUGGUGAGUUUAUUGCGAGAGAAUAUGUUCCAACAUGCUGCCAAAUCAGCCUUGAAUAUUUUGAUAGAAGUAUGUCCACGGGGGAGAAACAGAAUGAAAAUUAUUGAAGCAAACGCAGUUUUCGAACUCAUUGAACUUGAACUAGGAAAGCCUGAAAAGAACAUAACGGAGCUCAUCUUUAAUCUUUUGGCACAACUAUGUUCAUGUGUUGAUGGGAGAUUUCAGUUUCUAAGGCAUGCGGGAGCCAUAGCUAUUGUGUCUAAAAGAAUCCUUAGAGUUUCUCCAGCUACGGAUGAUCGAGGGGUCCAUAUACUGACCUCUAUUUGUAAAUUUUCUGCAAGAAAAGAAGUUCUUUUAGAGAUGUUGAAGGUUGGGGCUGUGACAAAACUUUGCAUGGUGACUCAAGCAGAUUGUGGAAAAUAUUUGAAAGAGAAAGCAACAGAGAUCCUUAGGUUACAUUGUAAUAUAUGGAACAAGUCUCCUUGCAUACAAGUGUAUCUGUUAACCAGAUAUCAGAGGUGAUAUAGUUCACCUUCAAUGAAAUUUUUUUCUUGACUUA